UUUCGCGUUUUUCAGGCAAGCGAAAGCAAGCGUGAGGCGAGCGCGGAGAGGCAUUUAUGGGUUCACCACGCAUUAUAACACAGCUAAUAAAUUCGUGUACUCAAAUUCACUUGCGCGAGCGUGCUAUAAAUGCCCAUUGUGCACGCUGAUGACGUCCAUUUUAAACUAACGCGUUGAAAAUGUUAUAAAACAAGUGGUUCAUGCGUCAGCUCUGCGUUCAUCGAGAUAUGAAGCACUUGGGAAGUUUGGGGAGCACUUAAGAAGCUAGAGUUGCUCUUGACUACGCCUCUAGCAACUCUUACGGAUCUUUCGUGCCCUCCAAACUUCCCGCGUGUUUCGUAUCUCGAUGAUUGCACGCUGACACAUGAACCAAUUGUUAAGUGACUUUUUAGUUUAAGGGAUGAGGCAUUGAGUUGGGGAUGGGAGUACACUUAAUUUUAGUAGUAGUCAUAGUAGUAUAACUGAAGUUAAAAAAAUAAAUGUACCAGAGUAAGCCACUUGAUACCUCAUCAUAGCAAACAAUGGAGGUUUCCUGGUCACGUCCGCAUUGAUUAUUGAAAUUCUAUACCAUGGUUAAGGACGUCUCAAGAACGUUCUUCCAUAUAGCUAAAAGAAAUAAAAACGUCGAGCCUCAACUGCAAAAUUACACGUUCUUAUAAGAAAAGAGAAAUAGUCUACAUGGGACUGACAUAAUAUCAUUACAUAAUGAAAUUUUUCAAAAAGCAGAAGUCUAGUUCAUGUUACUUUAUUCUUUACGCUGUUAAUUAUGCAUGUUAUUGGCUUCCCCAUAGGGUCAAUCCCUGGUCUAACCAGAGGGGUUGUAAAAUCAGUCAACCAACUUUAGGAAUUCCCUAGGGGGUUAGGGAAUCGUACAAGACAAAGUCCCCUGGCUGAGGUGUCUCUCAGUAGAAAAGCCAACUGAUAUCCUUUACAAACUUGUGAAUUACCCUAAGUAGAACAAUGUCAAGAUUUCCCCUACCCUCAGUCAAAGAAUCUGACCAAUCUCCCUGGUUGGCUAGGAGGUUAGCCCCACGGCGAAGGUAAUGACAUGCGCAUUAGUCAAUCGAUUUUUCUGCUUACCAAGUUCAGCUUUUUGUGUUGCUUUACAGGAAGAGGUCGACGAUAAUCCACCUUUUUGUAUCAUGGAAGGGUCAACGUUUUUCCGCCGAAAGAAAGAGUGGAAUUUAUUUGGCGAUUUCUCUCUGAAAAUCCUAGGAGAGAUAACGGAAGGUGGUUUCUGGGUCUGUGCAUUUGGCACUCGCGUGCUUGGAAGGCACGUUGAACGGAGGAUUGUUAUUCCAGCCAGUGCGUUUGACUCCAAGGUGAAGUUCCUGGAGAAGACUAGGAAGAGUUUUGGAGGAGGCACAUUCAACAUUAAUGAGGGUGCUUUACUUGAAAACUACUAUCUCUUCUUAAAAGAAGAGUACAAUGAGGGUGUGCCAAGGCAAUACUUUGCUGCAGAGUGCAUCGGUUUGCAGAAGUCCAAAAAUGAUUACUGGUGUCUUUCUAGUGAGAUUCAUGUAUGUAAUGGCAUGAUAUUGCCUAAGGAGAAUCAGCGCUUUCUCUUUCCAAAUGACCUAUUGUACCCAUAUGAAGUCAUCGUCAACCGUUCCCUGCUUGAGGACAAUAUGCAUUGCCGUAAUGUUUGUAAAAGAUUUAUUGAGGCCUCUUCUGUCUUUGGCGUAAACCACAUAUCUUUAAAACUGGCCACAGCUUUCCUGCUCCUCAGGUUGUUAAGGAUAAAUGAUGAGGAGUCUUGGAAUGAAAGUUCCAUUGGCCUCCUUCAUUCAUCAAUCGAUGAAAGAAAUGUCAGAAAAUCUUUAACUCUGGACUUCUUGGCUAAAGGUCAAGGUGUUGCCACCCGGAAACAUCCAACCAUGCUAGCGGGUGGGGAUCAAAAUCAAUGUCACAGGGGCAUCAGUUCCGGUGAUCAAGGAUACGCUCUCAAAAACUAACUUGAUGGUCAUGAUAGAUGACCCCAUCAUUUCCACAAAUCUGGCCGAACUACUGCUCCAGGUGCAGAGUGGCCUGACAAUGGGGUCCAGGAAUGCAGGCAUGACAACACCUGGGGGUAGCCUGCUUCUAACCUCCAACAGUACAGUUACUCAAAGGUAAAAUGACCUGCACACAGUGUAUAGCAUGCUGUUGUUCAUAAAGGGUACAAUUCCAGGGUUUCAACCCGGUCUGAUAGAUAGAAACAUAAAUCGAUUAUUAUGAAACCACCUUGCAGUCCAAAGACUGAAUUACAUAUUUAAUUACAUUUAUGAAAUUAAAAAACUUUCUGAAUGUACUCAUUAUGAUUGUUAAUAAGUGUUAUGGGUUAGGAGACACCGGAGUUCAUGAACAUAUAUGUUAAAUAUGUGUGACAUAUAUGUGAUUCAUUAUUUUACAAAUUAAACAUAUUGACCAUGUCACCUAAAUAUACUAUCAAUGUACACCAGUUUAAAAGUUAUCUUGGGAUAUGCUUUUAUUAAUAAUGUUUGUGCUGACAGGGUAGUGAAUAUCACUCUUACUCAUCACUAAAGG